UGAAAAACUCCCAUUGGCUGGGAGCAACACGUUGUCAAUCAACCCUCAAAGUAAACAGUCGUCAGGGUGACUACCUUUUAGAAAAUGGCGGACGACUGUGAUUUCGACAUUAAGCUUAAAUAUGUUUUAAAAGAGUGCCUAAACGACAAAAUUACUUUAAAAGAAGAGCAGUGCCAAGCAUUGGAACAGUUAUUCGUUAAAAGGAAGGACCUUGUGGCAGUUUUGCCGCCUGGUUUUGGAAAGAAUCUUAUUUUUCAACUGUUGGUUUUACUUGCUCGAUGUGACCAGAACCUUGACGAACAUCGGCCGUUAGUAAUCGUAAUUACUCCUUUAGUGAGUAUUAUUAAGGAUCAGAUUCUUGAAAUAGAAUCUUUUGGUCUCACUGGAUGUAAUCUCGUCGAUGCACUCGACAAUUUCGAAAAGCUAUCACUUUUAGAUGUUGUUUAUGCAUCUGCCGAAAGCUCGCUAGACAAAAAGUUCACAAACUUUUUAAAACAAGACAUGAGAUUUAUUGCAAGAACUAUUGCAGUUAUCGUCGAUGAAUCCCACACUAUAGAAACCUGGACGGGAUUGAGAAAGGACAAGAAUAGUGAAAUGACUACAGCGUUCCAUUCCGCCUAUGGCGAACUGUCUUCUUUGAGAUCGUUCUUUGGGCUAGAAAUCCCCAUUGCAGCCUUGACAGGCACAGCCGAUGACGACACAAAAAAUAUCAUCUGUUCAUCACUGGCAAUGAAAGACCCCCUGAUUAUAUCUAUCAGUCCCAAUCGCACAAAUGUAAGAUUUCAUGUCUUCCACCAAAAAAAGGAUGAUGCCUUUUCAAGGCUUGAUUGGCUGAUAGAAGAACUGAUGUUAAAGAAUGUUGCAACAGAUAAAAGCAUCAUAUUUUGCAACACCAUGAAUGAUAUAGCACGAGUUGUCAAUUACCUGCUCAUGAAACUUGGUGGAAAGGCCUAUUUCCCAACCAGCUCAUGCCAAGGGAAAAAUUGUUUGAUUGGAAUUUUCCAUUCCAAUACCUGGUCACACCAGAAGGAGCAGAUAAUGGAGUCACUGAAGGGAGAUGGUAGAAUCAGAGUGGUAGUAGCAUCAUCUGCCCUAAGUAUGGGGGUUAACUUUCCUGAUGUCAGGUAUGUUAUUAAUUGGGGCCCGGCCAGGAACUUGCUAGACCAACUCCAGGAAGCUGGUCGAGCUGGACGUGAUGGAAUACAGAGCCAUAACAUCAUUAUUUAUCAUGGGCAACAACUUAUCCACUGCAGCAAGGAUGUUAAAGAGUUUGUCAGAGCUGAAAAUUGUCACCGUAUAUUGGCAUACACACUUUUUGAUCCAAGUAUUAAAUCGCUUGAGCCUGAUCAUAUAUGCUGCUCACACUGUGCUAAAUCAUGUAAAUGCGAGGGUGAAUCGUGGAAUUAUUCACCCAUUUACACAACAAUGGUAGAGAACACUACUCCCCCACCUUUUCUGACAAGGUCAGUCUGUGAAGACGACAAAAAGGAUCUGCCUUCAAGCCUGGAAGAGUUACGACGUGAAAUGUCAGCAAGCAAGUCGUUGUUUGAUCCUAUCAUAGCACAUGGUUUUUCUGAAGAGCUCACUGAUGAUGUUGUGGAAUCUUGUGCUUUGCUAUUCACUGUAGAUGAUAUUUGGAAUAAAUGUGCAGUGUACUCUGUGGGUCAUGCUGUUGCAAUCCUUGAAAUCAUCCAAGAAAUAUCUCUUGAUAUUCCCAAUUUUGAUGAGACAAUGGCUAUGUUAAAGCAUGAACACUUCUUGACAUUUGACGCCCUCGAUUUUGAUGUGUUACAAGAAUUUGAUGAUGUUGGUGAUUCAAGUGGUGAUGAAUGGUCAGAUAAUGAACCAAUUGAGGAAAUAUAGACUGAGCUUUUAUUUGGUAGGUCUUA